AUGCGCAGCGCCAGCAAAGGAACCCGGGGCUGCAACCGGCGCGCUGCUCUCAUGUCCGCGGUGCGGGCCCGCGCGAGCCGCACUCAGCGGUGGCGUGCUGUCGCCGUGCUCGCCGGCGGAGCGCGGUGCGCAUUAUGCAACGCGGAGCCCGCCGUGCUGCCGACCUGCCUCACGUCUAGCCGGCGAGCGCCGACCACUAACCCGACACAGCCGCGCCGCUAUGCCCACCGACCUAGAUGCACUUUUACGACGCCGAGAAUGCAAUCGACACACAUAUUCGCGUCUCGUUCCGAUAAACGCAUCGACGACGAAAGCGGCCUGUGA